AUGUGAAUCACCACCUAAAAAAUAAAAUAAGCACACAUAUGCUCUCAAAAAUAUUCUUUAAAGACAAACGUUUGAGAAAUGUUUCCUUCAUAUCUAGAUUAGAUUAAUGAAUAGCAAUGAACUAUUGCAAAUCGGUUUAAAAUUUGAUUGUAGAAUAUCAUUAGAUACUCUUCCCACUGAAAUAAUUUUACAUCUAUCUACUUAUAUAAAUGUCACGGACAUAAUAUUUAAUCUCUCACUUACAUGUAAAAGACUCCAUUCUAUAUUUCAAAAUUCGUUAUAUUGGAAGCAAAGAUGCCUCAAUGCCUAUAAAAAUGUUGAAAAGUCAAUUUAUGAAGAGGUAACAUCAAAUGAAGUCAUAACAGUAAAAAAGGAGGAUAUUAAUAUGUGGGAUGGUUAUGAUUUUCCACCUACACCAGAUGCAAUACUCAAAUACGAUUGGAGGAAGACUUGCGCCGAACGCGAAUAUCUUUAUGACUAUUGGUCCAGGGCUAGAGAAACUUUAUACCAAUAUAAAUAUCGGCAGGAGUCAUCAAUCGAUGUUGUUAAACUCAUUAAUGGUGGCAAAACAUGUGUUACAGGCUCGAGGGAUAGAUCUAUCUACAUAUACGAUGUUGAAAAGAUGGCUGAAGAUAUUAAGGAGGAAAAAGCAAUUUCUUACCAUGCUAGGAAUGUUCACAAAGGUUGGAUCUGGACACUCUCUUUCUUGAAUAAUACCAGGUUUUGUUCUGGAGGCUGGGACAGCUGCCUUAAAACAUGGGAUCUUGGUCAAUCCAGUUUGGAAGAAAUUGGAGCCUUUAAGUGUGAAUCGGCCAUCUUAUGUUCAUCCUUUGCCUCGCCCUCACUAAUAGCCCUUGGCACUUAUCACAAAACCGUUAGACUAAUAGAUCCCAGAAUUUCAGCCUCAGACUAUAACCUCAAGACUUUAGCCAAUUUUACAAAUAAAAAUUUAUGUACCCCAAAUUUUGACAGCGUUUCACGUAGCGCUACACCUAAAAACGUCGUUUUCAAAGACCGAAAAAUGCACAACGGUCCUAUAUUGUGUCUGACUAUCGAUUCAGAGCGGAAUUUACUGAUCACCGGAAGUGAGGACAAGUCUAUAUGCGUCGCAGAUUUGAGACAAAGCUGUGGAGGCAGUAGCUACGAGGUUGGAAAAAUGGAAGCCAAACCUCUUUAUAAGAUACCGCUCAAUGGUAUACCUCUUUGUUUCUCUUACAAUUCGAAUCAUAUGUGGGUAGGAGAUGAUGUAGGGAGGGUCUAUCUAUUUGAUCCCUUUAACCUAUUCAAUAUGAUAGGAUAUUUCGAUUCCGGCCACGCUUACUCGGUUAGAAGUAUAAAACACAGAAACGGGUUGCUAUUUACUUGCUCAGCUGAUAAAUCGUUUAAGGUUUUCGACCCAACUUUCCCACCUAAACUUGUUUAUUCCCACAAAAUUUGCCUGGAAGGAGAAAUGGCUUCAUUAGACUACAAAAACGAAGUGUUGGCAGUUGCUAGUGCUGAUGGGGGUAUCAAUGUUUGGAAAAAGAAAAAAGGAUUAUAAUGCAAUUUAUUAUUUAUUUAAUAUAAUAUAAAAUGAAGGUGAUAAAAGCAGUUAUUUCUAUAGAUAUAAUGUUUUAUUAAAUGCUAAUGAUUUUUAUAUAAUGUAUUUUUUAUAAUUUUGAUUUCAUAAUUUUUAAUGUGCUCUGCGAUUUUAAAAAA